CUUUCUUCACACAGGCACAGACCGCGGUCUCGGUUGGAGACCCAGACACUGGUUUGCGGUUUCUGGCGGGAGAGGUGGUGGGUUUGAGCGCGUUGUCGAGUGGGCGUUCCUGGGGAGCGCGCCGAGGUGCUGGGGACGCGCCUGUGCCAGCUCUGAGAGCCGCAAAGAGGGUAAACUGCGCGGCACGCGAGUGGAAGCCCCGUUAAUCUGCCCGCCCGCGCCGAUCCUGUCACAAGCAUCUGUGCGAAAGAUCCCACUCCCUGCAGAUGAGCCGAUAAACUAGGACACGCAGAGGGUGUCUUUAUCCCAAUUCACGGCGCCACUGCCAGCUAGUGUAUCCCGGUGGAGUCGUGGAAAGCCCUGCGGAAAUCUACACAGAGCCUUUUGGACGCAGAAAAGAGGAACUACUCAGUCCAGCAAAAUAACUUUUAUAGGAAGAGAACAUUUAACAAAAAAAGAAGGAGACUAGGGUAUUUGUUCAAUAUCGCACGGAUUUCAAAUCUUCCCCUGGGGUUGACGAACGGAACAUAUUGUUUAUUUUUUCCCUUCAAUUUAAUAGCAUUGCCUGGAUUAUCCUCACGCUUUCAUCGAGUCGGUUUCAAGCUGUUUCUUCAAGGCACUUGAUUUUCUGCUCAUAAAUUAGUGUGGAAUCUCUGAGGACGAGGGUUUGAAGCGACCGUUGCGUCUCGAGGGGAGCGGGAAAAGGCCGAAAGCCCCGAAAAAUAAGCUUUGUGUCGAAGAAGUUUUUUUAGAGUGCGUCUGAGAUCACAAUGCGCCUCUGAUUUUUUCGCUUUCCGGAGAAUGCCCAAUGACCGAUGGGAGAUCAUGAACAGCUCUUCGGAACUAGAAGAUGGACAGCGGCAUAAAAAUCAGACAUUCUGUGAAUGUGUGCCCAGCUCUUCUCAGCUCAAACACCGUUGGUCAGACUCAGACACAGUCAGACAGACCACACCCAAGAGGAUGAGCUGCAGCUACCUCCUCUGUACUAUCCUACUCUUCGUUGCUGUGCUGCUCGCCGUCACGGUAACGGGCACCAUCCUCUUCAUGAACCACUACCAGGCCCCUCCUCUCUCCGAUGGGCCGCCUCACAUCAGCACCAACCAGGACGAGUCCAACGCCCUGGUAACGGUCGAGAGGGGCGACGGCUCACGCAUCAACAUCUUCAUCGACCCCAACUGCCCCGACUACAACAGCAACUUCAUGCGGCUGGAGGGCGUGCAGACGUCCCUGCUGCACUCGCUCACCGACCACGACUCCGACCUCAAGUCCGUCAAGGGUCAGGACCGCGCUCUACUGGUCAACCUGGCAGAGGAGGUGGCCAAGCUGUCUGCCCACGCCGGGCAGCUGAAGAUGGACUACGAGGCCCUGAGGAGGGGACAGGGCAGCCUGGGUCAGGAGCUGAGCACGCUGCAGAACGAACAGGGCAGACUCAUUCAGCUCCUCUCUGAGAGCCAGGUGAACAUGGUGAAGGUGGUGAACUCUGUGAGUGACGCGCUGAACUCAAUGCAGAAGGAGACGGGAGGUCUGAAGGCGCGUGUCAAAGCUGACCUGCAGAGGGCGCCGGUCAGGGGGACACGCCUCAAGGGCUGCGCCAAUGGUUCUCGUCCUCGUGACUGUAGUGAUAUCUACUCCAGCGGUCAGCGGGAGGAUGGCAUCUACUCAGUGUUUCCCACUCACCACCCUGCAGGCUUUCAGGUCUACUGUGAUAUGACCACGGAUGGAGGAGGAUGGACUGUGGUCCAGCGUAGGGAAGACGGCUCAGUGAACUUCUUCAGGGACUGGGAGUCCUACAGAGAGGGGUUCGGCAAAAUCACAGGAGAACACUGGCUUGGUCUGAAGCAGAUGCACACUCUGUCCAUUCAGGGGAACUACGAGCUGCGGAUCGAUCUGGAAGACUUUGAGAACAGCACGGCAUUCGCUCAGUACGCCACCUUCGGUGUGGGUCUCUUCUCCGUCAACGCAGAUGACGAUGGAUACCCACUCACCGUCGCAGACUAUUCCGGAACCGCAGGUGACUCUCUGCUCAAGCACAAUGGGAUGAAGUUCACCACCAAGGACGUGGACAAUGACCACUCCGAGAACAACUGCGCCUCAUUCUACCAGGGCGCCUGGUGGUACCGCAACUGCCACACGUCCAACCUGAACGGCCAGUACCUGCGCGGCCAGCACACCUCCUACGCCGACGGCAUCGAGUGGUCCUCCUGGACCGGCUGGCAGUACUCGCUCAAGUUCACCGAGAUGAAGAUCCGGCCCACGCGCGACGACAGCAAAUGAGGAAGAGGAAGAGGGGGAGGAGGAGGAGGAGAGAGGGGGUGGGAGUGAAUGUUAUAGGGUAUAAAAGGAUAUCAGGGAGAAAAGAUACAUAUUAAAAGAUAAAUACGUGUACAGAUGUUGAGAUGACAAAUCCCAAAUGCUUGAGGACUGAAGUAGAGGUCUGUAAGAUAAGAGUGAGAAUCCGAUGGACAUUAAUUACCCUUUUAUUGUUUGUUUGUUUGUUUUGGGGGCUCUUCUGGGCUAGUCUGUACCCAUAACGUUUGUAUGCUUUGUGUGCUCUGUCACUUACUCUGCAGCAAAAUCCCCUCUGAUUGGAGGAGAUGAAUGCAACUGAAUAUUUCAUUGGCUGAAUAUGUUGAUUAUAAAUUGUUGGGUCAUGGGUCCCUGUGUUAUUGGGAGAUGGGGGGAAAGACUGGCCUGUUAAUGUCUGUUCUCAGAUGGUCUAUCUGACUUGUAUAUGGUGUGUUGUUUCUUGAUUGGCUCUUUGAUCCCAAAUCCCUCCAGUGAGAACAACUCUUUAUUUAAACUGUGAAUCAGGCUGUUGCCUGAUAACGUGUCACAGAGAGUGAGGAAGAGGGAGAGACAUCAAGAGAAGGACAGAGGAAAAAGAGAGAGCAACAGAGAGAAAAAAAAAAAUUAAAGUG